AUGAGUGCAGGCAGGGAAGAACACACUCCGGUGAAUGGCAUGAUGCUGUCGAGAUUCAAGCAAUUCCUCGGAACGAGCAUAUAUGACGGGCACACAAGACAUAGAAUAUGCAAAAGCCUAGAAAGGAGCCAGAUGAGCCUGUACACAAUCCUGACUGCAAAAAACCUUUUCGAUAGAAUGAAGAAGCACCUCCCAGGGUACAUCAAAAGAAUGGAACAGAAAGCCUUGUCGGAUGUGGAUAGAUUUAUGUGUGGCAAGAGAAAGAAGGAGCUGGAGAAGGUACUCAGUAACGAAUAUCUUUUAUUCAUCGGAUGCACGAUAAUAUCAUCAAAAAUAUACAUGGACCUCUCGUACACCAACUUCUCGUGGAUCGAGAUAUGCCACCAUGGGGUCGACCAGAUAAAUGCUGCAGAGAGGCAGAUCCUGCAGGUCCUAGAGUAUAAUGUAGGUCUUCAAUGGAUAGAACUGAAAAAGAUGUAUGAUGAAUUUGGCAUGAUGCCAAGCGAGGCUCUUACCAAUCAGGUGGAAGUAAAGCAGAGGAAAGGAUUUUUCAAAUGGGCAUUUGGAUCCCUGUUUCGCUUCAUCUCGUGUGUCGAUACAUGA